AUGGAACCCUUAAGAUUGCCGGUUACUUUAAAUCAGCCAGAAAUUCUACAACAAUCUGAAAAAACGCAAUUUGAUCAACAAGACUUUAUCGAACAAGAGGAUUUUCAAGGGUUUCAAACUCAAAGUCUAUUAGAUCACCACAACAAAGCACCUUCCUUUGCAGCUAAUACAUAUAAACAUAAAGUAUCAUCACCUUUAAAACAAAAGUUUCAAUUGAUUGAGCCUGUUUUUUCAGAUGAUGAAUCUUCAUCAGAUGAUGAUGAAAACUUUUUCUCAAUUGAUUUAAAUAGUAAUAUGACUUUACCAAAAUCAUUUGAAAAAGGUCCUUUAGGUGCUUUACCAUCUACAGAUACCAAUGCACAUAGUAUUUCUCAUCCAAUUACUCAACCAAACCUAGCAACUAAAGUUAAUACAACAGUAUCUAAACAAAAUGGACUUUUUUUUCAAGAUGAAGCUCAUCUUAUUCAAUGGCUAAAAAUGCAUAAAGAUCUUAUAUUACAAAUUUCUACAUUUACAGACAAUACACCAAAUUUGGCAAAAAUACUCUCUGAGCAAUCACGAAUUUUAUUUUUGCGAACUCGGAUGCCAACCAAAAGAACUCAUAUAUCAUUAAUUAAAAAUGUUGUUCCUAAUAUGGUUAAAAUAAAUCUUAAUUGGAACGAAGUAUCAACUAAAUUAAGACAAGCUUUUGAAAAUUUUC